AUGACCAAGCAAAAAACUAAGCAACAUCCCUCAGUACUCAAAGGAGAAGCUAAAUUUGAAUUAGACCAAAAAACUAAAAAAGUCUUGGCUGAUUUCAUCAAAAAAGCCAAAAAGCAUAAAGCAAAUCCUAACCAGUAUAGUCAAACUAUUAUUUGCGGAUCAGAAGAAUUUAGCGAAACCGAAAAGAAGCAAAAAAAAACUAGCAAAACUAAAGCCCAACAAACCCUAAGUUACCUUUUUGGUUAUCCACCUUAUCGUUGCACCAUUAUUAAAUUUGGUGGUUUUUGUUAUAGUCAUAAUUGGUAUGGGAAAACUGAUUUGACUUAUGACAAAGUAG